AUGGUUGUCGACACGAGCUACUACGACGCCCUGCAGGUGCCGCCCACCGCGUCCGAGAUCGAGAUCAAGAAAGCAUAUCGCAAGCUUGCGAUCAAGCUGCACCCGGACAAGAACCCCGGCGAUGAGAGUGCGCACGAGAAAUUCCAGGCUAUCGGCGAGGCGUACCAAGUCCUCAGCGACAAAGAGCUCAGGAAACAAUAUGACAUGCACGGCAAAGAAGGAGCGGUGCCGCACAGCGGUUUCGAGGACCCGGCCGAGUUCUUCGGUAUGAUCUUUGGCGGCGAGGCUUUCGUAGACUGGAUCGGCGAGAUUUCGCUCAUGAAAGACCUCACGCACACGAUGGACAUCACGAUGAAGGAGAUGGAAGAGGAAGAAGCGGCGGCGGCCGCCGCCGCAGCGGCCGAGCAAGAAGCGGCCGAGACGGGCACCGCGGCGGACACGACGGCUGGUGAGACUUCUCCCGGCGCUGGCGCGGCUACCGCCGGCACUUCCUCCACCACCACCGGCGCCUCUGCCUCUGCCUCUGCCUCUGCCGCCGCGCCCGAGAAGCAUGCGUCUGCCGAAGAGGAAGCGGACGCCACGGACGCUGCCGCCGGCGCCGGUACCGCUCCCGCCGGCGCCGCCGACGCCACCGCGUCGAGCGCGCCCGCGUCGGGUACGAGCACGCCGCGGGGACCUCCGAAGGGGGGCGUGCCGACGCGGCUGGCGAUCAUGGACAAGAGCGAGGAGGAGGCGCGCAUGGACGCGGCGGGGGUGUCGGAGAAGGAGAAGGAGCUGCGGGCCAAGGAGAAGAAGAAGGGGGGGCUGACGAAGGAGCAGCGCGAGGAGCUGGCGGCGUACGAGAUGGAGCGCAAGAAGGUGCGGGACGAGCGCGUGGCGACGCUGGCGGAGAAGCUGGUCAAGCGGCUGAACAUCUGGACCGAGUCGGACAAGGGGUCGGGGGUGACGCAGAGCUUCAAGGAGCAGAUGAAGCUCGAGGUGGAGAACCUGAAGAUGGAGAGCUUCGGGCUGGAGAUCCUGCAUGCCAUCGGCCAGGUGUAUACGAGCAAGGGGACCAACUUCCUCAAGAGCCAGAAGUUCUUGGGGAUCGGCGGCUUCUUCGGCCGGCUGAAGGACAAGGGCCAGCUGGCCAAGGACACGUGGGGGACCAUCUCGACGGCCAUCGACGCGCAGAUGAGCAUGGAGGCCAUGGCCAAGGCCGAGGAGGCCGGCGGCGACGAGUGGACGGACGAGAAGAAGGCCGAGUUCGAGAAGCUGGUCACCGGCAAGAUCCUCGCGGCCGCGUGGCGCGGGUCCAAGUUUGAGAUUCAGAGCGUGCUGCGCGACGUCUGCGACAAGGUCCUCCAAGACAAGGCAGUGAAGCUGGAGAAGAGGGUCGAGCGCGCGCAGGCGAUUGUCAUCAUCGGGGAGUUGUUCGCGAAGGCGGAACGCGACCCCGACGAGGAAGGCGACUUCAUGGCGUUCGAGCAGCUCAUGGCGGAGGCGGCGGCGAAGAAGGAACAUGGCAAGGGGGAGAAGAAGAAGAAGGAGAAGAAGGAGAAGGAGAGGGAGGAUAAGCCAAAGGGUGGGGAGAAGGGGGGUGAGCAGCAGCCGAGUGGUGCCGCUGCGGCAGGGGCUAGUGUGUAG